GCCGAGCGCCCCUCUGGUCCGGUCGAGGACUUCCCGGCAGACACCGCGCCGCGGCUGCGCAGAAGCGGGGAGGCUUUUAAUUCCAUUGUGGAGAGGACGGCGUUAUUUUUAUUAACUGGAGGCGACGGCGGCUGCGGCGGCGGCGGAACCCCCAGGCCUCCUCCGGGGUAUGAAAAUCGGCAGCGGGUUCCUUAGCGGCGGCGGCGGUCCCGGCAGUAGCGGUGGUAGCGGCUCCAGCGGCAGCUCCGGCAGCGCCAGCGGCGGCAGCAGGAGAGCAGAGAUGGAGCCCACCUUCCCCCAGAGUAUGGUUAUGUUCAACCACCGGCUUCCCCCGGUCACCAGCUUCACCCGGCCGGCGGGGACGGCCGCCCCUCCCCCGCAGUGCGUGUUAUCCUCCUCUACCUCCGCAGCCCCGGCCGCUGAGCCCCCCCCUCCGCCAGCCCCGGACAUGACUUUCAAGAAGGAGCCGGCGGCGUCAGCCGCGGCCUUCCCUUCGCAGAGGACCUCCUGGGGAUUCCUGCAGUCCUUGGUGAGCAUCAAGCAGGAGAAACCUGCGGAUCCCGAGGAGCAGUCGUCCCACCACCACCAUCACCACCACCACUAUGGGGGGCUGUUCACUGGGGCUGAAGAGCGAUCACCAGGCCUAGGAGGAGGGGAAGCGGGGAGCCACGGCGUCAUCCAAGACCUCAGUAUUCUCCACCAGCAUGCCCAGCAGCAACCGGCCCAGCACCACCGUGAUGUAUUACUGAGCAGCGGUAGCAGGACUGAUGAGCACGGCAACCAGGAGCCAAAGCAGGACGCUAACGUCAAAAAGGCAAAGAGGCCAAAGCCAGAAUCUCAGGGAAUCAAAGCCAAGAGGAAGCCAAGUGCAUCUUCCAAACCUUUGGUUGGAGAGGGAGAAGGUGCCGUCCUGUCCCCAAGUCAGAAACCUCAUAUCUGUGAUCACUGUAGUGCUGCUUUCAGGAGCUCCUACCACCUGCGGAGACAUGUCCUCAUCCACACAGGCGAAAGGCCUUUCCAGUGCAGCCAGUGUAGUAUGGGUUUCAUCCAGAAAUACCUACUGCAGAGACACGAGAAAAUUCACAGCAGAGAAAAACCCUUUGGGUGCGAUCAGUGCAGCAUGAAGUUUAUUCAGAAGUACCAUAUGGAGAGACACAAGAGGACACAUAGUGGAGAAAAGCCAUACAAGUGUGACACUUGCCAACAGUAUUUUUCAAGGACUGACAGAUUGUUGAAGCACAGGCGCACAUGUGGUGAAGCCAUAGCAAAAGGAGCCGCUAGUGCAGAACCUGGGUCAUCAAACCAUAACAGUAUGGGUAACCUGGCUGUGUUGUCUCAGGGAAAUACAAGUUCUUCAAGGAGAAAGUCGAAGUCGAAAAGCAUAGCUAUUGAAAAUAAGGAACACAAGACUGGCAAAACAAAUGAAUCACAAAUGUCAAACAAUAUAAACAUGCAGAGUUAUUCAGUAGAAAUGCCUACUGUGUCUACCAGUGGGAGCAUAAUUGGCACUGGAAUAGAUGAACUGCAGAAAAGGGUGCCAAAAUUGAUCUUUAAGAAAGGAAGCAGAAAGAAUGCAGAUAAAAGCUACCUUAAUUUUGUGUCACCGUUACCAGAAGUAGUUGGGCAGAAAUCCUUGUCUGGUAAACCAGGUGGCUCACUUGGCAUCGUAUCGAAUAAUAGUGUGGAGCCCAUUAGUCUUCUCCAAAGUACAAGUGGCAAGCAAGGCCCGAUAAGUAGUAAUUAUGAUGAUGCCAUGCAGUUUUCAAAGAAGAGAAGAUACCUACCAACUGCCAGCAGCAACAGUGCCUUUUCUAUCAAUGUAGGACACAUGGUCUCCCAGCAGUCAGUCAUUCAGUCUGCAGGGGUCAGUGUUUUGGACAAUGAGGCGCCAUUGUCACUUAUUGACUCCUCAGCUCUAAAUGCUGAAAUUAAGUCUUGUCACGACAAGUCUGGAAUUCCUGAUGAGGUUUUACAAAGUAUUUUGGAUCAGUACUCUGGCAAAUCAGAAACACAGAAGGAGGAUCCUUUCAAUUUAACAGAACCACGAGUGGAUUUACACACCUCAGGAGAACACUCUGAAUUGGUUCAAGAAGAAAAUUUGAGCCCAGGCACCCAAACACCUUCAAAUGAUAAAACAAGCAUGUUGCAAGAAUACUCCAAAUACCUCCAACAGGCUUUUGAAAAAUCCACUAAUGCAGGUUUUACUCUUGGACACGGUUUCCAGUUUGUCAGCUUGUCUUCACCUCUCCACAACCACACUUUGUUUCCAGAAAAACAGAUAUACACUACAUCUCCUUUGGAGUGUGGUUUUGGCCAAUCUGUUACCUCAGUGCUGCCAUCUUCGUUGCCAAAGCCUCCUUUUGGGAUGUUGUUUGGAUCUCAACCAGGUCUUUAUUUAUCUGCUUUGGAUGCUACACAUCAGCAGUUGACACCUUCCCAGGAGCUGGAUGAUCUGAUAGAUUCUCAGAAGAACUUAGAGACAUCAUCAGCCUUCCAGUCCUCAUCUCAGAAAUUGACUAGCCAGAAGGAACAACAGAAAAAUUUAGAGUCCUCAACGAGCUUUCAGAUUCCAUCUCAGGAGUUAGCUAGCCAGAUUGAUCCUCAGAAAGACAUAGAGCCUAGAACAACGUACCAGAUUGAGAACUUUGCACAAGCAUUCGGUUCUCAGUUUAAGUCGGGCAGCAGGGUGCCAAUGACCUUUAUCACUAACUCUAAUGGAGAAGUGGACCAUAGAGUAAGGACUUCAGUGUCAGAUUUCUCAGGGUAUACAAAUAUGAUGUCUGAUGUAAGUGAGCCAUGUAGUACAAGAGUAAAGACACCCACCAGCCAGAGUUACAGGUAAGGUCUCGAGAGUGACCAGGCUGGGAGUCUAAUGUAAUUUUGUUUUAUUUUGAGAACACUGCCAUUGGAAUGUUUCUACACGAUCCUAUUAAGAAUAAUGUAAUGCCCUUUCAAUGCAACUUUUCAUAUUUAGUUUAUUUUGUUAGUGUGAUUUUAGCUCUGUUUGUAUUAUGAUUUUUAAUCAAAAUCAAUAGAUUAAAAAUAGUUUGACAUUCAAAGUGACAAUGUUUAGCAAUCAAAUUUACAUGUAUAGAUUGUCAGGGAAUAGCCCAAAAGUUUUAAAUGCAAAAACAAAAAAAAUAAAAAAACAAAAAAAGUACAGAAAAAAAAAAGAAAAGAAAAAAGGAAAAAAAAAGAAACUUUGUUGCUAGGAUUAAGGUUAUUCUAAUUGCUUUACUCUCAGGAAAGUGUAAUAACGCAUGGGAAUUCUGUACGUUAUCACCGUAAUGGAAUAUCCAAUUUACAAAUAGUAUGAUACACAUUUCAUUGUUUAAGUGAAGGGAUCUUAAACAUUUCAGAUCGCUCUUUCUGGGCUGAUAGAAUAUGCAUUUCAUCAUUUAAGUAAGGGAUCGAAAACAUUUCAAGUGCUAUCUCUGUCUGGGCUGAUCCAAAAUUCUGAGAUUGUUGGCUACCUAUAUUUUGUUGCAGCUUUUCAAUGUACUCCACACUUCCAAACCCAGAUUCAUUCCAGAUUGGUAGAACAAAUAUUCUUAGAUCUUUGAUCAAAGCCUGGAAUGAUAGCUUUAAUAAAAGAAAGAGGAAAAAACCAUCCUCUUUAUCCACCUGUAACAAGGCUGUAAUUCCAUUAAGUGAUUCUGUGAAUGUCUUCUCUAGUACAGUGUUAAAGUUAAAAACCCAAGUGGUUGGUUGGUUUCAGUAUUAGAAAGUAAGUUCAAUUCACAUAGUCUAUUGAAAUUUGGGGUGUGCAUUAUUCAUGGCCUAAAACAUUCUCUUGUUUAAGCUAUUACUCACCACCUUCACGUCUAGGUUUGGUAUUUCUUCUUCUUAAAGUUUUGGGCCUUCUUGUUCCUUCUCCCUGUCUUGAUAGUUUCAAUUUUAGAGUGAUUUAUCAUCUAGAAGAUAAUUGAUUAUGCAUUUUAUAUGUCGUAAGACAUUCAAAUACUAAACAAUAGGGUAAACAUCCCUGACCUUUCUUUUCUUUUUAUUUUGUUAACAAA